CACCGUCUAUGGGAUCUCCGCCGCUUCUCCGUCGCGUUUCACACCGCCGGCAUUGAAUUCUUCUUCACUGCUUCUCCUUCCACACCCGCCGGUAACAUCGAGCUACUCCGAUCGGGUUUUGUUUUGGGUAUGGAGCUGAAGGAAUCGAAUGGUGUUUCAGUCAAGGAGGAGAUGGAGGCGUUACCGAAAGAUGUUGAAGAGAAGUCUAUGCGGUGUACUAGUAAUUUCGAGGAUCAUAGUUUCGAUAAUGUAGAGGAUCAGAGUGAAGAUCAUCGUGGUGGUGAGAUCAAGGAGAGGGAGGAAGAGGUUGAUGUGGUGGAAUGCUCGGGUGUAAAUGAUAACAACAGGGUUGAUGUCUCGGAGUGUGAUGAUGGGAAUGGGACUGAUGAGUACUCAAGCUCGUUUAGUGGAACGGUUUCUGACCAUGAGAGUGAUGAUAAGACAGGGGUUAAUGAUCAAGAAGCUGAUUCCAUGAUGUGUACUGAUACUUCUAUUCCAUUCUAUGCAAGAAAGAAGAAGCUGACUGAUCAUUGGAGGAAGUUUAUUCAGCCUAUAAUGUGGCGGUGCAAAUGGGUCGAACUCAAAAUCAGACAACUUCAGAACCAAGCACAGAUAUACGACAAAGAAGUCAAAGAAUCUUGCCAAGCCAAGCAACUGGAGUUAGAAAAUCUCAAACCUGAAGAAGCUGGAGUAAAGGCGACGCCUCUUCUCCCAUGUCAUACUCAGAAAACCCAACUCAAGAAGAGGCACAAGAGGAAGCGAGUUGAAGAAGCGCCUGAUGCUCCAUCAAACCAUAAUCUCUUCUCUUAUCAUGCAUACCGGAAGUCUUAUGCUGAUACUGCUCUCAAUGAUAACUCCCGCAAGCUAGAUAAGAAGAGUAAGAGCUCUAAGGAGGAUGCAGUGUUCUCUGAAGAGACACCUCCUCUCGAGUUUAGAGAAGGCGAUGCGUUCUUGGAACAGAUACUUCUCAAGAUCGAAGCAGCAAAGCUAGAAGUGCGUAACUUGAAGAACCGAGUAGACAAAGUGAUGAAUGAGAAUCCAAGUAGGUUCUCUUUGGAUGACACAGUGGUUAUGCUUGGAUCAGCUGCUGAUGUAGGCACCGCCUCGGAGAAGCAAAAUCCUGAACCGGUUAUCAAAAAAGAAGAUGAGAACCCGGUCGUUUCUGAAGCUGAAGAAGAGCCAGCUAAGUCUGCUUCGGUUUCAUCUCAUCACGACAAAGUACCUGAGGAAGACGACGGGACAACAGAUAUUUUGCUGUCUGAAAUGGUUGCUUCGAGGAGAAGAGAAGGGAAAGCUGUUGUUCCCGACAAGAAAGUGGAGAAGACAGAACAAGCUUCUGUUGGGGAAGAAGGUCCAUCAAGACCUGUCAGGAAAAGAACACCACGCAAUCUUGACAUAGAGGUAAAGGAAGGGCCUAACCCAAAGAAACGUAGAGUUUCAAGAGAGAAGCCAAAGCCUAAUGUUACUAUGUCUUCUAGGCUUAAGCUUCCCAACAGGAAGAGAAAGGGAGGGAAAAGAAGGGCAGGAGGAGGCUCUUCUGGGUUAAGAAGAAGAUCCUAAACAAAGCUUCAAGAAACAAGUUGGAAGUGUGUUCACUUCAGGCAUCCUUAAGCUCUUAAAGUACAGAUAUAUAUGUACAAUUGCUGAGUGUUGAUUCAUCUGUGUUAAAAGUUCAUCACCAAAUCUAUUUAAACUCAUGAUGUUGUUUAUGUAUGUAUGACUAUAACUAAAUCAACUUUGAAGCUUUGCUUCUACCUUUGAAAAAUUCCGUGAGUGUGUAUGUAAAUACAUUCUGCAAGCA